CCUGUGAAGCAAUGUCACACGGUCCAGAAGCAAGCAUGUCUGGGCUACUGCCAUCUUAGGAACCCAGGGCCUGGAGGUAGCUAGCUCUUCUGUGGGAAGUCAGGUGAGGUGUGGCCCAGGAACAAGAAGCAUAUCCUCACCAAUGACAUCAUGACAGCAAGAGAGCACAGCCCUCGCCAUGGUGCCAGGGCCCGUGCGAUGCAGCGGGCUUCCACCAUCGACGUGGCAGCUGACAUGGUGGGCCUCUCUCUUGCAGGAAAUAUCCAAGACCCGGACGAGCCCAUUUUAGAAUUCAGCUUAGCUUGCAGUGAGCUGCACACUCCAUCGCUAGAUCGAAAACCAAAUAGUUUUGUGGCUGUGAGCGUCACCACGCCCCCACAGGCAUUCUGGACGAAGCACGCGCAGACGGAGAUCAUCGAGGGAACCAACAAUCCCAUCUUUCUGAGCAGCAUCGCCUUCUUUCAAGACUCCCUUAUCAAUCAGAUGACGCAGAUCAAGCUGUCUGUGUACGAUGUCAAAGACAGAUCUCAGGGAACAAUGUAUUUACUGGGCUCUGGAACGUUUGUUGUCAAAGAUCUGCUCCAGGACAGGCAUCACAGAUUGCAUCUGACACUGAGGUCUGCAGAGAGUGACCGAGUAGGUAACAUAACUGUGAUCGGCUGGCAAAUGGAGGAUAAGUCAGAGCAGCGGCCCCCUGUGACCCGGUCCUUGGACACUGUCAAUGGGAGGAUGGUUCUGCCCGUUGAUGAGAGCUUGACUGAGGCGUUGGGAAUCCGGUCCAAAUACGCUUCUUUGCGAAAAGACGCCUUGCUGAAAUCAGUGUUUGGGGGUGCCAUCUGUCGCAUGUACCGGUUCCCAACCACUGAUGGCAACCACCUACGUAUCCUGGAACAGAUGGCGGAGAGCGUCCUCUCCCUGCACGUGCCUCGGCAGUUUGUGAAGCUACUGCUGGAAGAAGACGCAGCCAGAGUAUGUGAGCUGGAAGAGUUGGGGGAGCUGUCCCCUUGCUGGGAGAGCCUCCGGCGGCAAAUUGUCACCCAGUAUCAAACUAUCAUCCUCACUUACCAGGAGAAUCUGACCGACCUCCAUCAGUACAAAGGUCCUUCAUUUAAAGCAAGCAGUUUGAAAGCAGAUAAAAAGUUAGAAUUCGUUCCUACAAACCUGCACAUACAAAGGAUGAGAGUUCAAGAUGAUGGAGGCUCAGAUCAGAACUAUGACGUCAUCACUAUUGGAGCCCCAGCAGCACACUGCCAAGGGUUUAAGUCAGGCGGUCUUCGAAAAAAGCUGCACAAGUUUGAAGAGACCAAGAAGCACAGUUUUGAAGAGUGUUGUACAUCAUCUAGCUGCCAGUCCAUAAUCUACAUACCACAGGACAUCAUCCGAGCCAAGGAGAUUAUUGCCCAGAUCAACACCCUGAAAACCCAAGUUAGCUACUACGCAGAACGGCUCUCCAGGGCAGCCAAGGACAGGUCUGCCACUGGCCUUGAGAGGACACUCGCCAUCUUGGCAGACAAGACCCGGCAGUUGGUCACUGUGUGUGACUGUAAGCUGCUGGCCAACUCCAUCCAUGGACUGAAUGCGGCGCGGCCUGACUACAUCGCUUCCAAGGCCUCCCCUACCUCGACCGAGGAGGAGCAGGUGAUGCUACGGAAUGACCAGGAUACCCUGAUGGCCCGGUGGGCAGGGAGGAGCAGCCGAUCUUCCCUGCAGGUGGACUGGCAUGAGGAGGAGUGGGAGAAAGUGUGGCUGAACGUGGACAAGAGCCUGGAGUGCAUCAUCCAGCGCGUGGAUAAGCUGCUGCAGAAGGAGCGUCUUCAUGAGGAGGGUUGUGAGGACGUUUUCCCCUGUUCAAGCACCUGCUCCAGCAAGAAAGGUAACCGGAACAGCCAAGCCUACUGGAUCAGACCGGAGGACCCCUUCUGUGACGCCCCCUCGGCGACAUGCCCCUCCUCCAUGCCCACUGCUGCAUGCCAUCCUCACCCAAGCACACAUUGCAGCCCCCCUCCUGAAGAGUCCAGUCCAGGUGAAUGGAGUGAGGCCCUUUAUCCUCUGCUGACCACCCUCACAGACUGUGUGGCCAUGAUGAGCGACAAAGCCAAGAAGGCCAUGGUCUUCCUGCUCAUGCAGGACAGUGCCCCCACCAUUGCCUCCUACCUGAGCCUGCAAUACCGCCGGGACGUCGUCUUCUGCCAAACCCUGACGGCCCUCAUCUGCGGCUUCAUCAUCAAGCUGAGGAACUGCCUGCACGAUGAUGGCUUCCUGCGGCAGCUCUAUACCAUCGGCCUUCUGGCCCAGUUUGAGAGCCUGCUGAGCACCUACGGAGAGGAGUUAGCCAUGUUGGAGGACAUGAGCCUUGGAAUCAUGGACUUGAGGAAUGUGACCUUUAAAGUCACUCAGGCCGCUUCAAGUGCGUCAACUGACAUGCUGCCGGUCAUCACCGGGAACCGUGAUGGUUUUAACGUGCGGAUCCCUCUGCCAGGACCACUGUUUGACUCCCUGCCCCGGGAGAUCCAGAGUGGCAUGCUGCUGCGGGUACAGCCGGUCCUCUUCAACGUGGGCAUCAAUGAGCAACAGACCCUGGCUGAGAGGUUUGGAGACACAUCCUUACAAGAAGUCAUCAACGUAGAGAGUUUGGUGCGGUUAAAUUCCUACUUUGAGCAGUUUAAGGAGGUUUUGCCGGAGGACUGUCUACCCCGAUCUCGGAGUCAGACCUGCCUGCCAGAGCUGCUGCGGUUUCUAGGACAGAAUGUCCAUGCACGCAAGAAUAAGAACGUGGACAUCCUCUGGCAAGCUGCUGAGGUCUGUCGCCGCCUUAAUGGAGUCCGGUUCACCAGCUGCAAGAGUGCCAAGGACCGCACGGCCAUGUCAGUGACGCUGGAGCAGUGCCUGAUCCUGCAGCAUGAGCACGGCAUGGCCCCGCAGGUCUUCACACAGGCCCUGGAGUGCAUGCGCAGUGAGGGUUGUCGAAGAGAAAACACAAUGAAGAAUGUUGGAAGUCGCAAAUAUGCAUUUAACUCCCUGCAGCUGAAGGCCUUCCCCAAGCAUUACAGGCCUCCAGAAGGGACUUACGGAAAAGUUGAGACAUGAACACACGGUUUCCUCUAAUUAGCUGUUACGUAAUCAAUGUGGGUUCCCUAUAGUGUCACAUAUGAUCCUCAAGAAGACCCGAAGGAUUCGUUUUUAUUUUUGUGUUUUUAAAAAUACUUCACUAAAGAGUCUAUGGAGCAUGAUUUUGUGUUGGAAUCUGUAGGGGGUCGUGUGUGGCUCAGUAGUGUGGAUAGUAAUGGCUGCCCUAACAAUAGCUUUCAGCUGUAACUAUACAGUUAAUGUCAUAGUUCCUAGAAGCCAGCUUGGUUUGUCUAAAACUCUGGGAGACUUUUUCAGAUACCCACGUAGGCACUGCUCAUCCAACUUAUUUUUCUAUUCAGUAACUCACAGGUGAGCAUUGAUUUAAAAUCUGCUUUCAAAAGUCUGAAUGUGAAACAGGAAGUCCCUCCCCCAUUAAACUUCCGGUCCCCGGCAGAGCCGCAGGUGUUAGCAGCUCAGCUUGGGAGGAAGGAGUCAGGACAGCCUAUGAAUGGGAGUGGAAGGACAGCUUGGUCAGUCACACCAGGGCCACACGCCCGGGCCACACUGCUUCCUGCCCUUCCAGUCACAGAAGAGUCUGCUUGAGACCAAAACCAGCCAUGAGGUCCCCAAACUGCCUCAUCAGCUCCACACCCACCGGGCAUGGCUCCCUUCCUUCUCGAGCAGUCAGGACCUUCAGCGUGGCUCGUCAGGGGCCUGGGAGACAACUCUCCAGUCGGGGACUGAGGGCCAUAGAGAUGGUACACUCUUAAAUAUUUUCAGAAUCAAUGUUCUAGGAGCUUUCUACUAAUCUUGCAGAAAACCAUAAAUCAUGUUUGAAUGUCUAAAGAAACCGUUGUAGUUUUUGGUUUGCAAUAAUUGUUAUUGUUAGACAACUACUGAAGACAGUUAAAACUGUUCCCUACAUUGAGAGCCUGAGGGGUUUGUGAGACAGGGAAGUUACGUAUUUCAUAGACAAUUUAGUCUGUUCAUCUUUUACAAGGUGAUGAUGAGUCUUAUCUGCACAUAGCAGACUUUUUUCCUUAGAAUUUAUAUGUUCUAUAAAUUCUGUUUAUCAUUCUGUCUGUGUUACUUAAGAGGCUGUAAAAAGAAGUGUAUAUGGGGUAUACACCCAUGAUGCUGAUACUAAUGACUUGUGAACGCCAGGGGAAUUCCUAUAGAAGUCCAGCUAGUUUCCUUUUAGCUCCUUUAGAAACAUGUAACAAACUUGGACCUGGGAAACUGAGGCACAGACAGGCGCCAGGGAGGGUGCAGGCAUCCCUUUCUACGAGUGCAGACAGCCCCGAGUCCUGGUGCCUGCUGGGAGGAAGAUGACCCUGCUGAGGGUUGGCUCGCUGCCCCGCUCUCAGGGCGUGGCACAUGGAAGGUGAGUGGCAAGGAAGCUGUCACCACCCAACCCGCCACACAGGGGGCUGCUCUGCUGCUGUCAGAUUCUCCUGCAGCCUCGGUUCCUGAUCAAAGGCUGCUGCGGCUUAGUGUGGCGGGCUGAGUAAGCCUUUUACCUCUCCCUUGGUCCAUUAACUCUUAAGUUUUUAGUUUCAUUUUUUUAUUUUGCCAUCACUGCCUUUUUAAAUAUUUGUUUGGACGUUAAAAUGAAAUGUUUCCCAUGUUCUCCAGCUUUCCUUUCUGUCCACACUCACAAGGGAAGACGGCGUAACUGCAUAACUGCUGACCUGUCAGGUUUGCCUGGGAAUCUUUCCCUUAGUUCUUGUUUUACUAUGAAUCACUGUAAAACUCAAAGACUUGGUUAAUCACGGAAAAGACUGUGGCUCCAGGGUUUUCCUGAAGGCAUUGUGACUGGCUCCCAGUGGAUCACACGGCCCAGGCUUGCCAGGAAGGGGCACCUUGCACAGCAUGGGCACAGGCGGCUCCUGGCUGCCCCAGGAGGCUGCGUUGUUCACUGUAGGUGGGAAAUGGUUUUACCGUUUUCCACCAAGUAGACGUUCCGUCCACCAUCUGCCCCCAUUGAAAAAGGAAAAUGUGCGGUGUCUGGACAGUUGGGAUGGUCAUGUGGAUCCUGCAGCACAGCUGCCUGUACUUUCCUUUAAAGAUGUAAAAAUAUUGUAUAGUACUGUUUUAUCCCCCUCACUUGUAUUUGCCAAGCUUAGUGCAUUUAAAUACUCUUAUUUAUUUGUUUGGGACAGUAUUAAUAUAUAUGAACAUAUAGUUACUGUUUUAUAUAUUCUUAGCUCAUUUAAAGCCAUGUAUGCUGUAAAUGUGCUUGUCUUUAGAAUGAUAAAUAAUAAAAACUCACAACAUUGAA